AUGGCGUCGCCGCCACCGCCACAAGCAGCAGCGCACUCGCCCAGCGGUGACCUGCACACCCAGUCGCUGUCCUUCUCCCUCGACGCGCUCGACGCGCUGUCGUCCGCCCAGCUCGCCCUCGUCCAGUUCCACCCGCGCGCCGACGACGCGCAAACAGCGCGAGCGAGGGCGCUGUUCGUCCGCCGCCGCAUGGCGUGGCUCGAGCAGGAGAUGGACCGUGCGACCGCUCGGGAGCAGGCGGCCGUGACGGCGGCGGCCGAGCGCGAGCUGGACAGGUCGAGGUCGCCGUUCGCGAGGGUCAAGGAGGAGCAGGACGAGAGCCUCGUCGAGCUGCAGCCCGAGGCGGGUCGCUCGACAAGCGUGUCGACGAGCAGCCCGGCGGCGCAGGACGAGUCGUCUGUGGGAGCGGCCAAGAGGGAAGGCGGGCAGAAGGAGCGCGAGGUUCAACACCGCCAGCUCGACGCGCCUCGACCACCUCCACGUGUGCUCUCGCCGUCAGCGACGCCGACACCCACCGGUGCGACCGCGAGCACUUCAGCUCGCGCCAUCGGCCGCGUGCCUCGGGCCGCGGCCACCACGACGAGCACGACCGUCGACCCUCGCCGUCGCCCUCGUCCACCCGCGCCAGCACCAGCACCAGUGCCCGCCACAGCUGUCGUCGUCAAGCGCGAGGUCGAGGAGAUUUCGCUGCUCGACGACGACGACGACGAGCGCGAAGGUCGGCCGUCCGCCCCUCCUCGAGCGCAAGGCCUGUCGCCGCCGACCAAGCGGUCGGGCGACGUCGCCGCAGCAGCAGGCGCGCGCCCGAGCAAAGCUCCACGUCGUGCGCUCUCGGCCGCAUCGCCGCCGCUUCCGCCGACUGCCGAGCGGCUCAAGGCCAUGCCCUCGUUCCGCCGCAAAGGCCAGAUGUCGCCGCCCCUCGUCGAGCUGUCGACUCGAGGCGGCCUCGUCCCUACGCCUACCCCCACGCCUACCCCUCCUCCUGCCCCGACCUUCCUCCCCCACUCCCUCAACUCGACCUCGCUCGCCCGCCCCGUCGCCUCCACCGACCACUCUUCCUUCGCCCCGCCACCGCCUUCCUCCUCCCGUAUCCCUAUCCCUCGCGGCAUUCAAGCUGCCCUACGAGCCGGUCGAGCGCCGCUCCAGAGCGACUGGGAGUUCGAGCACUGGCUCCACCCGCCGUCGCCGUUCCCGACUUUGCGCAUGUACACCGUGCGGGUGCACGGCCUGUCCGACUACUGCACCGCCGCCCUCGUCUACUACUUCCUGAUGCGCAAUCAAGGCCGCCUGCGUCCUCGCCCGUUGGCGAUCCGCGCCGAGGACGGCCCGCGUUGUCUCGAGGGCGCCUGUCAAGCUCGUCACCCCGUCUUCUUCUUCGCGUUCGGCUCGCUCGAGGCCGCCGAGCUCAUCGUCACGGACAACGACCGGCGACUUUUGCCCAACAUGGACCAGUACGAGCCGCGCCAGAUCUCGAUCGAGCUCGUGCGCGACGACGUGUCGGCCGACGCGACGUGGGAGGCGCGACGAGCGAGCGAGGCAAAGGAGCUCGAGGUCGGCUGGCGGUGGGGCGAGCUGAGCGAUGAGGCGCGGUGGUACUGGGCCAGGCGGGCCGACCUGCCGCCGUCGCCCGUCUGCCCUCGCUUCGAGGACGUCGAGAUCAAGGGUCGCCCUGUGUCGGACGAGUACUCGGACGAGGCCGACCGCAUCGACGCCGAGGCGACCGGCAAGUCAACUGUGCGCGCACAGGCCCACCUCCUGUCGCUCAAGAAGGACCUGUACAACUCGUGUCGCCAGCUGUGGCGGGCGUGGCUCGCUCUCGGACCGACAGAGCAGGCCGCCGCCGAGCAGCAGGCCGGCAGAGAAGCCCCAGUCGACUUGGCCAAGGUCGCGGUCGACGGCGCGAGGCUCUGAACGGGCGUCGUCGUCGUCGCCGUCGUCGUCGUCGUCGUCGAGUCGCCCUUGAAGGCCCGGGCGCUCCCCCCUCCCUUGUCUGUU